AUCUCUCGUGCAUCCGUCGCAUUACAAUAUGGCGGAGCAACUUCAAAAACUGAUCUUGGAUACUUUGGAUAAGGAUGGAACCAUCCAGGAUACUCGGCAGCUCACGAUUCCAGGGAGCGCCGGGCCUGCUACCUCUAAUGAGGACCAAAUCGCAAUUCUCGGCGCUUUGAACUCGCUCGCGAGCCGGGAUAUGAUCACAUAUGUCACCCACGAGACCCUCUCCCAUGUGUUGACCCCCGAGGGCGCGCAGGUUGCUCUCCAAGGAUCACACGAAGCUCGCGUCUGGCAGGCAUCACCUGCUAAAGGUGCUGGGACACCCAUUACACCUGCGGAGCUGAAGAAGGCCGUUGGAGAUGAGGCCGCUAGCGUCGGCCAGGGUCGUGCCUUCAAGAACAGAUGGAUAGCAAAGGACGGUGCCGGUUUCGUCAAGUUAGUUGAUACGAUCCAAGAUCAGACACAGCUCGAUAUGCGGGAAGUGGACUCUACUGGGAGUUUGAAAGCCGGCGAAAAGGCCUUGGCAGAUCUACGAAAGCGGAAACUCAUUGUGCAAAAAAAAGGUCAAUACUUUACGGUACAGAAAGGACCGAGCUUCAGCACGAUCAUCGCCAAGCUCGAAACAGAUUUGACUGUAGACAUGCUCACCUCAGGAACCUGGAAAACAGCCUCCUUCAAGAAAUACAAUUUUGAUGCAGAAGGUGCCCCACCAAACGGCGGUGCCUUCCACCCUCUACUCAAGGUGCGCGAAGAAAUACGAAACAUCUUCUUAGAGAUGGGGUUCUCCGAGAUGCCCACGUCCUCCUUCGUUGAGUCUGGUUUCUGGUGCUUCGAUGCUCUCUUCGUCCCUCAGCAACAUCCCGCCCGCGAAUUGCAAGAUACCUUCUACCUUUCUGACCCCUCUAGCUCGCUUCCGCCUCCGGCAGAUUACUACAAGCGCGUUCAGCAGGUGCACACCGUCGGCGGAUACGGCUCCACUGGCUACCGCGCACCAUGGUCGCACGAGGAAUCGCGCAAGCUGCUUCUGCGCACACACACGACUGCUUCAUCCGCGAGCAUGUUAUGGAAACUCGCGGCUAAAUGUCGCGGCGAGGGCGUUAACGAAGAUGAACUGAAAUCUGAGUUGGCGCACGAACAUGGGACGGGUGAGAAGACGGCGGACGACGGUUUCCGCCCGGCCAAGCUCUUCAGCAUCGAUCGGGUGUUCCGUAAUGAGACGAUGGACGCCACGCAUCUUGCGGAAUUCCACCAGGUGGAGGGCGUCGUCGCUGACCGGAACUUGACACUUGCGGAUCUCAUUGGUUUCAUGCGCGUGUUCUUCAAAAAGCUUGGCCUUGAGAACAUCCGCUUCAAGCCUGCGUACAACCCAUAUACCGAGCCAUCCCUCGAGAUCUUCGCCUACCACCCAGCACUCCGCAAGUGGGUAGAAAUCGGUAACAGCGGCAUGUUCCGCCCGGAAAUGUUGGCACCCAUGGGCUUCCCGAAGGAUGUCCACGUCCACGGCUGGGGAAUCUCACUGGAGCGGCCCACUAUGAUUAGGUACGGGAUCAACAACAUCCGGACUCUUGUCGGGCACAAAGUACCUCUCGAGAGCGUGGAGAAGUCGCCCGCUGUACGUUUUUAGAUUUAGGGAACAAUGUGUGUAGAGGGAACGAGAAGGAAUGUAUUGUUCAAAGGAAGAGAUUGACGUGAAC